AUGUGUAAAAAUUGCAUUGCUCGUAAAUUUUCCGAUGGAGAAUCAUCGGUCGAAUUCGUUAGAAUCGGUACUUUUAUUAAAGUGUGUUCCAUAAAUAAAGAAAACGUUUUAUUCUACAUUGUUAAAAAUAAUAUGCAAAUAGAAUGUGUGAAAUUAAUAUGUUCAAAAAAUGAUGUGAAAUUUUUAUCCGAAAACCUUUUGGAUCUUUUAUUUCCUGUCGAACAAACUGCAAGGUUACCCCUCGUUAUAGACAACAGCAUUGCUGAAAGUUUAAGUAAUAUUUCUUUAGGACAUAGAGUUCAUGUUUUAGGACCAGACAAUAAGAAUAUUUGCUAUGGUAUAGUAACUUUUAAAAAUUCAAUUUUAAGAUUAGGACCUGGUAUUUAUUUCGGUUUAAAACUUGAGGUUCCUAAAGAAAAUUUAUUAGCUUUUACCAGGAAAAUAUCUUUACUCGAACCAGGUUCAAAAGAUUUUCCAUAUGGAUGUGAUGUAAUUGUAGCAAUUAAUCAAAUUUCUCCUAGUAAUAUUAAAUUUUUAAAGGAAAAAGGACAUUAUCUAAGUGAUAAAGAUUGUCAAAAUGUGGAAGAUUUAUUUAGCACAAAUUCAAUUUAUAAUUCCAAAGAAAUUCAUUCGAACAAUUUAAAAAAAAACUAUUCAUUUAAUAAUGUAGAAGAAUCGAAUUUAAUUUGUUCGAAUGUGAAAAAAAAUGGAGAUUCAAAUGGCCAAGUAUCAGUGGGAGAUAGAGUUGUGUAUUUGAAUGGAAACACAUUUGAAAAAGGUACUAUCAAAUGGAUGGGAAAUAUUAAAAAUUCAUUUAAAAUUGGAGUAGAAUUUGAUAAUCCUAUAGGGAGUGGAACUGUUGAUAAUAUUGAAUUAUUUAAAACAAAACCUCAACAUAACUUAAUUCUUCCUCCGACUGCUUUGAUAAAAUUUUCUGAUUACAUGACAAACAAUACUAAUAAUGAUACUUUUAAAUGUAAGAAUAAUAUUAUUAACAACAACAACAAUAACAAUAACAACAAUAACAAUUAUUACAAUGGUUCUAAAUUGGAUGAUAUUUUUUGCAAUAGUAAAUUAUGUUGCGAAGGAAAACACAAAGUAAUAAAAUCAAAUUCUCAUCAUUGCUUGAAACAUUCUGAAAAAUCAAAUUUUUUCGAUGAUUCACCAUUGACAAAUGAUGAAUUGAUAAAUAAAAUGUCUUCUGAAUCUAAAGUUAAAAAUUUCGAAACACAUUUCAAUCAAAAUUCUAAAAGUUUUGAUUAUUAUAAACCUAGUGAGAAAAAAUCAUUGUAUCAAAGGCAGUGUCAUUCUGUUGAAAAUGAUUUAGUCGAUGGUAGUCAUGAAAAAACACACUACAAUACAAAACAUAUUAACGGUCCAGGUCAAAAAAGAAUCGUCAACAAUGAUUUAUUAGAUUUAAUAGAUCCCGACUGGUCGAAACAAGAACAAUUACUUAAAUUUAGCAUUAAUGAAAAACCUUUACAGAAUACAGAUGAUACCCUAAAUGUUUUGAAAUGUUCUUAUAGUAAAGGAAAUGAAGACUUUUGUAAUGGAACUUAUCCAAAAGGGAAAUAUGAUGUCAUUAAAAUAAUUGAUGAAGUUAUGUGA